GCAGUUCGGCUGCUUCUCUGACAAGGCCCCAGGGCGCGGGUGCAGCCUCCCUUGCCGGCCCGAGCACAGGAGGUCUGGCCCCCAAGGCCAAGGCGAGCGCGCCGCUCGCCCAAGACGACGAUGGGUCCGACUAUUCGGACAACGACUUCGACGACGACGAUGAGCUGCCCAUGUAG